GGGGCAUAAUAUUGACCUUUGUUGGAACAAACGGCAGGAACCGUCUCCAGUCAAACUUUCAAUCAGUGUUUGAUCAGUCAGUCAUGAGGUGCUUCUUUUUUAUUGCUAAUAACGGUGCUUUUUAUAUUAAAAUAAAACAAGGAACGCGCUGUUUGACGAAAGAUGGAGACAUUAUCAAAAAAUUCAAGAGGUCUUUGUCCACAACCUAGCUGGUUUGUCAUUCAAUCGAUGACAUUCUUACUCAUUGCAACAAUCCUGACUUUACAUAAGGCUCAAGGAUUUCUAAAUCUCGCGGAAUCUACGGAGGAGAAAGAAAUUUUUGAUUCAGCUGGGACGCCAGCACUCAAGCCGCUCUGUGGCCCAAGCUACGAGUCCAAAAACAAGCGUGACAGGAACCCUUUCAUCGAGGCCGUGGAGUCGUCACACUUCGUGGACAAGACGCCGAUGAUCAAAUUCUUCCACCGUCACUCGAGGCCGCUCCUGGUGACGGCCCCGCGGGAUUUCGGGAAGACGACGAACCUGUACAUGCUGAAGACCUUCUACGAAAUCAAGGUGGACGAGUCCGGCAUCGAGUUGGACGGACACCAAUCGCCGAACCGCAACGUGUUCAACGGUCUCGUCGGCAGAAAGCGCGUCUGCGAGGAGACGGUCUUCGACGGGAGGCAAUGGUGCGACGAUCAGAUGGCCUCGUAUCCUGUCUUGCACUACUCCUUCGAGAACCUCGCCGUCUCAGGGCUGAUGGAUUUCCUUGAGUCCUUCAGACAGGCUACGGCUCGAGUUUGUAAGGAACACGCAUCGUAUCUUCUCAAAUCCGACAGGUUGACUCCAACGAACAUAACGUUGCUCCGUUCGUAUUGCGACGCGCCUGCCUCGGGGGUGACGCGCCAGGGGCUGUGCGCCUCAGGGCGCGAUAUGAGCGCCAUCUUAGCCGUCCACUUCGGGCGCCCCUCCCUCGUCCUUCUCGACGAGCUGGACGCCCCCGUCCUCCGGCUCUUAACCAGCUCCGCGCCUGACAAGGACGUAGAAGAGAUCCUGGCCAUUUUGAAGGAGUUUUCCAGGGAGCUUUUCGUCGACAAUCCUGCCGUCGGCCGCGCCUUCCUCACCGGCAACACCAAACUCGCAACCACCGUGGCGCCACCCAACGCUGUCCAUUGGCAGUUCACCGAGGAUGAGGAGAUCGCACCUUUCUUUGGAUUUUCGGACCAAGAGGUGGAAUUCCUCGUCAAGAAAGCACACUUGGAUAUAAAAGACGUCCGGGAGUACUACAAGGGCUACCACGGCCAAGACUCCUCCACGUGGUUGUACAACCCCUAUUCCAUCCGGAACUACCUCCGCAAAGAGUGGACCGGCGUCUACUGGUCUCCGGCGAUGCCUCUGACGGAUUUCGCUCCCCUCUUCAAGACGGACAACUUCGUGCGGGGAGUUUUCAGCUGCGGGGCUGCCGUCAAAGAGGUCAAAGUCCACGAGCCCCGCAGCUUCACCGCCGAAGAGCAGAUCGGCUUGCUGCGCGAGAUGAUCCAUAAGAACAAGCCGGUGACCACAACGUCCCAGAUGGUCGUCUUGGUCGAAUUCCUCUACGAGCUCGGCUAUUUCACCAACAAAACGGUGCCUCGCUCUAAAACUGAUAAAUACUUCUCCGUCAAAACGCCGAAUAAGGAGGUCAGCGAAAUUUUCUAUCGGUUUUGUGAGGGUCCGAAGCUGGGGUAUUGAAAGGGGGUAGGGGUCUGGAGGGAUCAAAUUUCGAAGGAAGGUCUCGGAGGCUAGAGUAUCCAUAUAGGGGCAGAGUAGAGACAUGUCGAAAAGUGGAGCUCUUAAAAUCCAAGAGGCCAGCCAACCUUCUAACAUGAGAAACACUAGAGUAAUGCGAGUCAAUCUUCAGAUUCCAAUAUCAAACCAACAUGGCCAAGAUUGUACAUACAUGAGCAUCCUCCUGAAAAAAUAAGUUAAUUUGGAUAAAAACUAAGUCGGAUAUUGAGAAUGACGAAUCUUUACGAAUGAUGAGACGGGUCGUAACAAUAGCAAUAAAAAAUAAUUCCGGCUAGUUUAAUUUGACAGAUUGGCUGCCCUUUUAUUGCUCUCGUAUUCUCCCGAUUUAGGUGCCCUAUCGGAGGUUCCUGGAACAUUUUUGUAAAAAAUAAUUGCCAUGAACUGAAAUUUGUGGCAGAUUCAGGUUUCACAUGUACAGAAUGAUUAGGUAUAAUAAAAUUUAGAUUAUAACCGUUAUAUUGAUCAUUAUUUCUAGUCGGUACCCCUCAGGGGAGCUUUUUUCUUUAUUCUGUUGAGGAAGGAGGGCUGCGUAGUUAUAAGUCACAAGAAUUUUGAGUUAUUUACUGCGUUUUAUGUGAGUAAAAUUCUUAUUAAUUGUGGAAAUAAGUAAAAAAUAGAAAAAUCGAUCAACUAGAUACGAGUCGUUACCUGUAGUCAAAUCUCCGGACAAUAAAUUGAACUGUCCUUAUUGACUUAGCUUCUUCCUCUUACUCUUUUUCAUAUUAUUUGUACUGAAAAUGUUGUAUUUUCCUUAAAAAAAUGUAGCCCUCUUUUCCGAAUAGUCAUAAAAGACAGAGAAAAUCACAAUUGUUGCUGAAAAAAAAUAAAAUGAAUAAAAAAAAUGGAA